AUGGUCAAUCUCGGCCUCUCCCGGGUGGACGACGGCGUGGCCGCCAAACACCCGGGCCUCGGGGAGUUCGCCGCCUGCCAGUCGGCCGCCUUCGUGCGGGGCCUAGCGGCCUUCGUGGCAGGCACCGGCGCGACCUUCGGCCUGCAGAGCCUCCUCCCGAGGAAGCUCCUGCCCCCCUUCCGUUGGCGAGUGCUGGUGGCCGUGGUCACAGGCUCGGUGGGCAGCUACUGGGUGACCCGCGUGGAGUCGCAGAAGUGCAGUGACCUCUGGGUCUUCCUGGAGACCGGCCGGCUCCCGGCAGAUGGGGACACAGGUCGGCGCGGCUAG